AUGAUCAAACAAGGCAAUCAGACAUGCAUCAGCGAGUUCAUACUCCUGGGAUUCUCCAGAGAGAGAGGCACCAACAUGGUCCUCUUUGCAGUGGUCCUCUGUAUGUACCUCAUAACCCUGGCAGGGAACACGCUCAUUAUCAUGGCCACCUGCAUUGAUCCACGACUCAGCACACCCAUGUACUUCUUCCUGUGCAAUCUGUCCAUCCUGGACAUUGGCUACACAACCAGUGUGGUGCCACAGUCACUGGUCCAUAUUGUGACGAAUCUCAAAAGCAUUCCUUUCAACCGGUGCAUUGCUCAGCUAUAUAUUGCUUUAUUCCUGGGUAGUAUUGAAUAUUUCCUGUUAGCAUUUAUGGCAUAUGACAGAUAUGUGGCUAUCUGUCAUCCUCUGCACUACAAGAUCAUCAUGAGUAGGAGAGUGUACCUCCAGAUGAUAACGGCUUCCUGGCUCUUUGGCCUUACCAAUGCUGUGGUGCAUACUACAUUCACUAUGCGCCUUCGCUUCUGUAACAACAACACCAUCAACCACUUUUGUUGUGAACUCCUUGCUGUUAUGAAUCUGGCUUGUUCAGACCGAUUUGUUAAUGAUAUUGGUCUCAUGGUGUCAGGAGUUCUUGUCCUGUUCAUCCCCUGCAGUCUAAUUGUGCUUUCCUACGUGUAUAUAAUCCGUGCCAUCUUGCGCAUCCGCUCUGCAGAAGGCCGGCACAGAGCCUUCUCCACAUGCACGUCUCACCUGACAGUGGUCAUUCUCUGCUUUGGUACAACAAUGAUUGCUUACAUGACUCCUAAAGCUGAGGCUUCUUCCAACCGGGACAAGAUGCUUUCUUUCUUCUAUGCGGUGGUUACACCCAUGCUCAACCCGCUCAUCUACAGCUUGAGAAACAAGGAAGUAAAAGCGGCCCUAACUAAAAUAAUAGAAAGGAAACAUGUUGAUUUGUUAAGGUGA